AUGACCAGAUCCAACAGAGGCUUCACGAUCUGCAUUAGAUUAUGGUGGCUGUGGAGAAAAGCACUUUUGCUGCUACUGCUGCUUCCCAACUUUUGUUCAACGCAGACAAUCAUCAAGAACUUGCCAGGAUUUUCUGGUGACCUCCCGUUCAAGCUUGAAACUGGGUACGUGGGGGUAGGCAAUAAGGAUGAGCUGCAACUGUUCUAUUACUUCACUGAGUCAGAAAGGAGCCCAGAAAAUGAUCCUCUGCUGCUUUGGAUCACCGGAGGCCCUCGAUGCUCUGCUUUUUCUGGCCUCGUUUAUGAAAUUGGUCCAAUAGCUUUCAGUUUUACAAGUAUAACAAAGGAUCCAGUAGUACUUGUUCUGAAUCCAUACUCAUGGACAAAGUUAGCAAACAUAAUAUUUCUAGACGCUCCUGCCGGUACUGGUUUCUCAUACUCCACAACAACAGAUGGCUACAACACUAGUGACACCAUUCAUGCAAAACGAGCUUCUGAGUUUCUUCAAAAGUGGCUUUCGACUCAUCGCAAGUUUCUUGCAAAUCCACUCUACAUUUCCGGUGAUUCGUACUCGGGCAAGAUUGUUCCUAUCAUUGUUCAAGAGAUAGUUAAUGGUAUUGAAGCCGGAACAGAGCCACCUUUGAAUCUCAAAGGAUACGUAAUCGGCGAUCCAGUUACAAAUGAAAAAGAGGAUUUGAAUUCGAGAAUUGAAUUUGCUCAUCGCAUGGCGCUUAUAUCAAAUAGAAUGUACGAGUCCACCAAAAAGAAUUGCAAGGGGGAAUACGUAGACGUGGAUCCGAACAAUCAACUCUGCCUCAACAAUCUUCAAUCUUUCAAGGAGUGCACUAGCAGACUUGACGAUAGUCAUAUAUUGGCACCUGCAUGCGUUCCUCGUAUCAAUCACAACGAACAAACCACAUUUGGGUGGGACUGGGACUCUGUUGAUGAUAAUUUCUUAAGCUUUCCCUUUCCUGAAAGUUUGUGUCGGGCUUCGGUAUUCUGUGGUUGGGCAAAUGAUAUGAAAGUUCGUAAAGCUCUUAACAUUCGGGAGCCAAAAUCCCUUCGGGCUUUUGUCUACAGUGGGGAUCAUGACUUGAGCGUUCCCUAUGUAAGUACAGAAGCAUGGAUAGAAUCCCUGAGCUUGCCAAUUGAUGAUGAUUGGAAACCAUGGUUCUCUAACAAUCAAGUUGCAGGAUACACUGUUAGGUAUUCGAAUGGAGAGUAUCAUCUGACAUAUGCGACUAUAAAGGGAGGAGGUCAUACAGCUCCCGAGUUUAAUCCAAGAGAAUGCUUUGAUAUGAUCAAACGGUGGCUAGAGCAUUCUCCUCUUUAA